AUGGAUGGAGACUUGAACGUCCGAAGUUGGAAAGCUUCGACUUGCGAGGCCUCAACUGAAGCGCCCAAGGAAGAGUCAGCACCGGCUGCGCCCGCUGCAGAGGCAGGAACCACAGAGAGCAGGCCCCUUUUCACUUUCGCCCCUGAACAGUUGUGCAGCGGUGAAGCACCCAAGGAAGAAGCAGCGCCAGCUGCCACACCUGAGGCCGCAGCCGAGGCACCCAAGGAGGAAUCAGCGCCCACUGCGGCAGAAGCACCCAAGGAAGAAUCCGGGCCCGCUGCAGCCGCUCCUGCAGAGGCCACAGCAGAGGCACCCAAGGAGGAAUCUGCUGCGCCUGCCGUCUCGCCAGCUGCGGUCACAGAGGCUGCGGAGGCGCCCAAGGAGGAAACCGGCGUCGCAGAGGCCUUUUGGUCGCAGGUGGCUGGAUCUGCUCCGCCGGCGGAAGAGAAGGAGGCAGAAGCUGCUCCAGUGCCACCAAGCACAGAAGAGGUGGGUGGAUCUUCAGAGGAGAAGGCAGAAGCAGCACCUUUGCCACCCGCCACGGAGGAGGUGGCUGGCUCAUCCCCUCCUGUUGAAGAGAAGAGCGAGGUAGCUGGAUCUGCCCCUCCCGCAGAGGAGAAGAAAGAGGCUGAAACGGCAGCACCUGUGGCAAGCGGAGAGGUGGCUGGCUCAUCCCCUCCUGUUGAAGAGAAGAGCGAGGUAGCUGGAUCUGCCCCUCCCGCAGAGGAGAAGCAAGAGGCUGAAGCGGCAGCACCUGUGGCAAGCGGAGAGGUGGCUGGCUCAUCCCCUCCUGUUGAAGAGAAGAGCGAGGUAGCUGGAUCUGCCCCUCCCGCAGAGGAGAAGCAAGAGGUGCGAAGAAUGCUGAAGCGGCAGCACCCGUGGCAAGCGGAGAGGCAACCUUUGCAUUUACUUGGACAGAGUCAGAUUGAGAGCAACAUAGAGCAAUGA